AUGAAGCAAAUCAUUUGUCUACUGAUUUCGGUGCUCGUCUGCAGCACAGCAGUGCUGACACAGGAUGCAAAACCAACUAAAUCGGUUGAAGUAUCGCAAUCUGGACGUAUCAUUAAUGGUCCGUCAACGUUCAUCGAAGGCUUAAGGUAUCCACUAAGUAUGUGGGUAAACCGCAUAUACAAUUGCGGUGCUAGCAUCAUCACGACAUCGCACGCCUUGACUGCUGCUCAUUGCGUAUAUAGCAGUAGAACUCUUAUAAAUCCUGCACUGAUGAUUUUGGUCGGAGGUACGUCAUACCUUAAUAACCCUCUAGUCCAAGUUGGCGUGACUAGAGUCGCUGCUCAUCCCAACUACACCCCAACUGUAGUAACGUCAUACUAUGAUGUAGCUGUACUGACCGUACCUACAAACGCGUUCGCCGGAAAACCCAACAUGGCUCCAAUCGCGCUUCAAAUCGCCGAAGUGGCGGCUGGUACAUCUUGCUUUGUCGUUGGAUGGGGUUGGUUUGACAAUAACAUUCAGCAACCAUCGAACAAUUUACGCUACACUUUCUUGAACACCAUAACGGACUCUAGCUGUUCGUUAAGUCAAAACUCAAGAAUAUCUUUUGAUCAAAUAUGCGGCGUUAACGGGAAUAACAUAGAUGUUUGCAAAGGUGACAGCGGCGGUGCCCUUGUGUGUGGAGGAAGAUUAACAGGAAUCGUUUCCUAUGGCCCUGUACCUUGUACCAGUGCCAAACCAACAGUAUUCACGAAGGUUAUGGGACCCAACAUUCGCAACUUCAUUCGAAGUCAAGCAGGAAUCUAA